GAAAGCUAGGCAGAACUGUAUGCGUUAGUGCGUGUAUGUUCACAGUUCAUAGUUGCCAUUACAUUUCAGUAGGUAACCUUUUUUUCUAGGGUCGAAUCAAGUCAUUGUAGAUAAUGGAAUGUAUUACUUUCUUUUCGUCCAUUUGGGCAAAGACAGAGAGAUUUGGCUGUCAACGGAUUAACCCCCCAAAAACUACAAUUCCCAAACCAAGGGAACAUUUUACCCAGCAUUCAACGGGUUUGUGAAUGGAUAAUGCUGCAAGAUGGCGACAAAUGCAACUGCUACAAACUUACCAUCUUUUGAUUGUCCAACAUGGGCAGGCAAGCCCCCUCCAGGACUCCAUUUGGACGUGAUGAAAGGUGACAAAAUGGUCGAGAAACUGAUCAUUGACGAGAAAAAGUACUACUUAUUCGGGAGGAACCCGGACAUGUGUGACUUCACCAUCGACCACCAGUCAUGUUCACGCGUGCAUGCUGCCCUGGUCUACCACAAGCACCUGAAGAGGGUGUUCCUUAUUGAUAACAACAGCACGCAUGGUACCUAUCUGGGACACAUCCGCCUGGAGCCCAAUAAGCCUCAGCAGGUCCCCAUAGACUCCACCAUGUCGUUUGGAGCAUCCACGCGAGCCUACACCAUCCGGGAGAAACCUCAGAGCCAGCAAGGAACCAACGCCACCACAGGGGACAGCAAGGCCGGAGAGGACGAGGAGGGGUCUAAGGGCCUCUUAGGAUUACCAGAGGAGGAGACCGAGCUAGAGAACCUGACAGAGUUCAACACGGCCCACAACAAGCGCAUCUCAACCCUGACCAUCGAGGAGGGCAACCUAGAGAUCCAGAGACCCAAGAGGAAGAGGCGGAACUCCAGAGUCACCUUCAACGAGGACGAUGAGGUCAUCAACCCGGAGGACAUUGAUCCCUCAGUGGGGCGCUUCAGGAACAUGGUGCAGACUGCUGUCGUCCCUAUAAAGAAACAGAAAAUGGAGAGGCACGGCUCACUUAGUAUGGACGACGUUGUGACGAGGCGCAUCCACAACUACACCUUCGGCGGCGGCCUUUACGGGGACCUGCCACCCACCAGCCACGAGGUCCACCCCGCCGGGGCCCCGAGCGGAGCCACUAUCCUGGGGGGUCUCCCUCUACCCUUCCCCAACCCGGCCCCAGAGGUGAACCUGGCCCCGGAUGCCCCCCAGCCACCUGUCACCCUCAACCCUGUCCCCGUUACAGGCCCCUAUCUCUCCGAGGUCCUCAACGAGCCCCGCAAGAAAAAGUACGCUAAAGAGGCAUGGCCAGGCAAGAAGCCCACCCCCUCCCUACUAAUCUAACCCUCUCCCUACACUACGGCUCUUUCUCAAUUCGUCUUUCCUCUAUUCUUUACCUCCUCUCAUGCAUUGUAGAAGAUCCAAGGUCUCUCCUCUUGGACCUUCUUCAAUGUAUUUUGAGGCGAGGAGAGAGGAGACGAGGAAUCCAGGAAAGUCGAAUUGGGAAAGAGCCUAUGUGGUGGAGGCAGGGCUGACUCUCAGGGUAUGGGCGGAGACAUCAGGGACCAUGACCCGUUGGAGGCGGAUCGAUUUUACUUAUAAGACUGUUUUGGGGAUUUUCUAGUUUUGUUACUUCCUCAUUCUCCUAAAGAUUAUCCGAAAGUCUUCAGUAGUACAUUCCAUGAAGACAGGAACACCACUCCUUCGGGAGAUGAAUGUUUGAUGUGUUUUACAAAUUAAGUCAUGUAAAAAAGGCAGUACUUGGCAGACCAAGUCAGUUGGUCAGAUAAGAGUAUUUUGUGGCAUAAAUCGGUGUCCCAUGGCCGUGAUAUUUUACCUCUAAUUGAUAGUCAGGCAUCGUGCAGGGAAACAAACACGAAGCGGAUGUAACUUAGGAAAACAGCCCUUAUGUUGGAAACAAACAUCAUUAUGUUCUCAUCCAGAUUCACAUGGAUUUAUUUUCCAUGCUACAGCACCCAAUAUUACAGCAGUUUUUUAAAGGACCUGUUCCGUGUUAUAAUUUUUGCUAUGGGAAAAACAUUGCGAUACUGGUAUCACAGCCUAAUCGUUAUAUGGUUGGUCACUGUGAGUUCCAUAUUACGAUCUCCACUUCCUUCUAUAAGGUCUUGAUAUUUGUUUGAAGUCAAUCUUUGGAUGUAGUAUUUUUGCCCACUGUAAAUAUGCGUGUACAGUGCAUUUGGAAAGUAUUCAGACCCCUUGAUUUUUCCCCACAUUUUGUUACUUUACAGCCUUAUUCU